GCAUCCCGAACUAAGCGAGAGCGAGGUCCGAGGCAAGUUAAUCGCCUACUCAUCCGACCAGAGCAACAGUUGCAUCGAGAAGGCGGGAGUACUGGCGGCUAUGCCCAUUAAGUUGCUGCCGGCCGACGACGAUCUAAUCCUGCGUGGCAAUACGCUGAGGAAGGCAAUCGAAGACGAUGUGGCAGCUGGACUGAUACCGGUCAUAUGUAUUGCCACCUUGGGCACCACAGGGACGUGCGCCUACGACGACAUCGAUUCGCUGGCCGAUGUCUGUCAAGCCUUGAAUGUGUGGCUGCACGUGGAUGCAGCAUAUGCAGGGGGCGGCUUUGCACUUGAAGAGUGCACGGACCUGCGCAGGGGACUAGAUCGCGUGGACUCGCUGAACUUCAACCUGCACAAGUUCAUGCUGGUUAAUUUUGACUGCUCGGCUAUGUGGCUGAGGGACGCAAACAAGGUAGUGGACAGCUUCAAUGUAGAUCGCAUUUACCUGAAGCACAAGCACGAGGGCCAAUCUCAGAUUCCGGACUUUCGCCACUGGCAGAUCCCCCUGGGCCGCCGUUUCCGUGCCCUCAAGGUGUGGAUUACUUUCCGCACGCUGGGCGCCGAGGGACUGCGCAGCCAUGUGCGUAAGCACAUCGCGCUGGCGCAACAAUUCGAGGCAUUUGUGAGGAACGACUCGCGUUUCGAAAUGGUUGCUCCCCAAGCACUGGGAUUGGUCUGCUUUCGUCCUAGAGGUGACAAUGAACACACCGCUCAGCUUCUUCAGCGACUCAUGGAGCGCAAAAAGAUCUACAUGGUGAAGGCGGAGCAUGCUGGACGCCAGUUCCUCAGAUUCGCCGUUUGCGGUAUGGAUGCAAAGCCCUCCGACAUUGAGUUUGCCUGGACAGAGAUCGAGACGCAGCUGACGGCCCUCCUGGCUGAGAAAUCGCUGGCUGCUCGGAAACCUAGCAAUGUCUCCGAGCUGACGCAGCACUUUCAGAUGCAUCUGGCCAGUGAUAGCGGGACCCACGAGAAGUCGCAGUGACGGAAAUAGCGCCCGAUUUAUAUACAAUUGAACUAUUUAUGUUUAGGAUGUCCUUAAGUUGUUCUGUAGAUGUUAGAAAUAAAUUCAAUUUAAAUCUGAA